GGACACCAUGCCAUUUACCAUCGAGGAAAGCAACAUUUCCCAACACUAAAUCGGUCCCUGAAGUGAGCAGCCAUGAACACGGUAUUCGCCGUUCUUCUGGUGUUUGUCGGCUGCUGCUCCAAUGUGGUUUCCCUGGAGCUGCUGGUCAGGGACUUCCCAGGAUGCGGUAACAUUGUGACGUUUGCGCAGUUUGUGUUCAUCGCUUUGGAGGGAUUCAUUUUUGAAGCCCGCUGCGGCAGGAAGAAGCCGGUCAUCCCCGUCAGUAACUACGCCAUCAUGGUGAGCAUGUUCUUCACAGUCAGCGUCAUCAACAACUACGCUCUCAACUUCAACAUCGCCAUGCCGCUGCACAUGAUCUUCAGAUCCGGGUCCCUCAUCGCCAACAUGGUCCUGGGGGUCAUGCUUCUGAAGAAAAGAUAUUCACCCAGCAAAUAUUUAUCCAUCGCUCUAGUUUCAUGCGGCAUCUUCAUCUGCACCAUCAUGUCAGCCAAGCAAGUGAACGUGGCCAGGGACGGGUCUGAGGAACAAGGCUUCUACCCUGUCAUUCGCUGGCUGGUGGGAAUCGGCAUGUUGACCUUCGCUUUGAUCAUGUCGGCCAGGAUGGGAAUUUUCCAGGAGACUCUGUACAAGAAGUAUGGGAAGCAUUCCAAGGAAGCUCUCUUUUAUAAUCACUUCCUGCCUCUGCCGGGCUUCCUGCUGCUGUUCUCGGACAUCUAUGAGCACUGCGUCCACUUCAGUCAAAGCCCUCCGGUUCUUCUUCCGCUUGUCGAGCUGAGGGUUCCAAGCAUGUGGUUCUACCUGCUCAUCAACGUCAUCACGCAGUACGUGUGUAUCCGCGGCGUCUUCAUCCUGACCACCGAGUGCGCCUCCCUCACAGUCACCCUGGUGGUGACGCUGAGGAAGUUCCUCAGCCUCAUCUUCUCCAUCAUUUACUUCCAGAACCCGUUCACCAUGCUGCACUGGGCGGGCACCGCCUUGGUCUUCGUGGGCACGCUGCUCUACACCGAGGUGUGGAACCUGCGGGCGGCGCCGCCGCCUCAUCCCGACACCAUAAAGAAGGCCCGGUGAGGACGCGUGGCGUCGACUUUUUAAUGCACAACCUGAGCAAAGACGGGUCUUUUGAAAAUAUGAAUAUUGUUGCUCGUCUUCAGUAAACAUCACAUUCGUGUU